AUGUCUGGGUUGGGUGUUCAGUUUGUCAGUCCAUGGAAACCAAGGAACAAACGCAAAACCCAGACAUUAGUAAAACUCCCCGGCCAGAAAGCAAAGCAACUGAAGUUGCAGGCCAAAUUGGCAACUCUCCUCGCAGGAAAACUAAAUUCUGAACAAACGACCACAUGCCAGCUGGACACGUUACCUACCGCUGUCUUGCCUGAGGAGAACAUGCCUGCUGAUGCUUGCGAGGACUUGUUUCUCUUCGAAGAUGAAGUCCCACCGCUUACUGAGCCUCAAGACUCGAUUCCACCGCUGAACACCUCUGAGUUCAUUCCAAAUCGCCGCAUUCUACCUGACAUCACUGCCGCACAAUUAUAUGACACUUGGAAGAUACUGAUACCCACUCUCGUCAAUAGGACCAUUGGAAAAUUUGUCGAGCGACCUCCGACGAUUCUGUCUGCAUGUCACUUGCAGAAGUGUGCACAGAAACGCACAACUAUGAUUGGCUUGUUCUUCGAUGGUAAGUCUCAAUCUGUGCAUCGAAUACUUCAAGUCACUAAAGAUGUUCGAGGCUUCACAACCCUCGACAUUUUGAGUUGCAGAUGUGCUACCGCACCUCAAGUCCUGGUUCUUCACGGUUUAUUCCCAACUUCCCCCUCCCAGCCACGCAUGGCAGUAUCUACUGAGCUACUCACCUUCUAUCGAACGCUCUUCGAGUGCUCAUGUGAUGCUGUGAAUGCUCUCGCAUCUGCCCUGCACACACACUACAUCCGCAGAGGUUUCCGCAUGACGAAUGCUAAGGUACGUGAAUCAAAUCUUGGUCAAGCUAUCUUAUGGUUUGAUGUCUUACAGGUGGAGCUCGAAUCCCAGCUAGAAUGCACUGUUCAAGCAAGCCGAGACUUGGUAGAUGCCUCUCGAGAUCCCCCAGAGCAUCCCGCAUCAUAUGCGCCCACUGUAGACGUGGUUCCGCGUGAGCGCUGUGCCACAAUCCUUCUUCAGUGUUGUCCUGCUUGUUUUGGGGGGGUCUCAUUUGGAAGGCAGCUGGAAGAAGGUGGAGAUAUUCAUGUUGCUACUGAUGGGAACUUCCAUCGUCGACAUUGGCGUUCAGCAGGCGAUUCACCCCAUUUUUAUGAUCCCUCUUACUUCUUACCUAAAGCUCAGGUUGAUGACAUUGGGCGUCAUAUUGAUCAGAGUCGCAAGUCUGCACUGAAACCGCAUGCACCACUUAUACCCCAUGAGGCCAUUGACUUAUGCAAGAAUUCAUAUGAAGCCGCCGAUGGAAAGAAGCAAAAAGCGUCCAUGGAUAGCUUCGAUGACACGGGAGUCAUGGCAUUAAUAUGUCACCACGACAUUCCCCUCUUCUUUGCAAACAUUGACACUCCAGGUGAGCAGCAGAAAUACGCCAUCGCCCUUAUUGAUCACCUUUUUGCGUUAUUACCUCAAAGUGCAACAGUUGUCACUCUGUAUGACGUGGGAUGUGUUCUCUCACGAUCAUUAAGUCAGUACAACAUACUUCCUGAAGCCGUGACGAAGCACUUGCGAUUUGCAACAACGGCCAUGCAUGCCUAUGGCCACGAAUGGUUGUGCCAACUUGUUUACAACCCACGCAUAUGCGAAGGCCUUGGCCUUUCAGACAGAGAAGGCACCGAGAGGCUAUGGUCAAGAUUUAUCCGCUUGAUAGGUAUUCAGCGCUCCUCAUCUAGACAGCGUUGGUUAUGGCUACUUGACCGACAAGCUGCUGCCAUCGGUCUUGAGAUGCGCACUGACCUCGGUGAUUGGAUCUGGCGUCGCCUUAAGUGGGGAAUUCAUGAACAAGGGACAGCUGCACAGACCACGCUGAGUGAGUGUGAUGCGACAAUUGAAGAUCUGCGACAUCAAUGGGCUCUGCAGCGACAGUCACAGUUGUCCAUCCAUGCUCAUGCUCCUGCUCGGCUCAAGAAAGAGCUGGACACCGUGUUUGCCCUACAAGGUGACCUCGAUGCCUCUGACAAGGCUCUUCAAGCAACAAGUGAGGUUAUUACAAAGGGAAAUGUAUCCCAACGCACACUCGAUGCGAUCGAGAGCCUCGAACGAAGUCACCAACGCCUCAUGGACAAAGUUGAUGUGUUAUACGCUUCCCUCAACGUUCACGACAAGUUCCCCGAGCUGGAAGGAAUAAACAUCGAAUUUGUUCGGACACUUCUCUUGGCACGCGACCUCAAGAUCAACAUUCGGAAGCGUGCAAUUGGAAGCUUCUUUGAAUGGGACAAGCUCGAUCGUGCCAUCGGUGGCACACAACAAGCAUUAGGGACGAAACUUCACCAGCAGACCCGAAAGGCCAUAUCGAAGCAACAACCAGCCUUGCUGGCCACACUACGUAAAUUCAAUGGAUACUGCGAAUGCCUCGAAGAACUAUAUGAACCAGGCUGUGGUAUUCCUCUUCCAAUGCCUCUCCCCACCAAGCUGAAUGAACUCCGCAAUGAUCAAACACUGAUGGAGGAUAUUUGGAUCACGCCUUCAGUUGGGGAGGUUCCUCGUUGGCUGGAUGAUCAGGAUAUUCGUGAUGGGAUACGCGCUAUGUUAAAGUGCGAUAGAUGCAUUGAGGAGCAGCGACGUCUUGGGCUAGAAGCUGACAAUCUUUGCAGGUGGUUUGGUGAUGAACUUGCUGCAAUAGAACUCGCCCUGCAGUUGCCUGAAAAUUUUCUAUCUUACUACGUCAGCGGCGGGAACAUCUCCAACAUCUUCAAAUCCGUUGGUGCUUCCAAAGACACUGCGCUUCACUGGAUUCCUCAAACAUCGAUAUCCUGUGCCACUACCCUGGAGGAGGGCGAAGAGGAGGGUGAAGAGGAUCCAGAGGUUAUCGCUGUGUCCUUCGAUGAUCCUCCACCCGAGCACAUUGCCCUUGCUGACAUAAUAAACAUUGACACUCCUGACAGUGAAGAUGAAGAAGACAUCAAUAUUGCAAUCGAGCCUCGCGCACUCAUCACCUGGCACACUCCCAAGCAAGUCAUUGUUGACCCAGUACCACCAAUGAAUGACACUACUGUUAUUGUCCCUGGAGUCAUCACCACCAGGGUUCGUCCUCCCCACGAUGCAUUCCCACAUCAAAUUUUCGAACCAAAGGAUAUCAAGAUCCUCGCAUCGCCUACUGCACUGCUGAACGACAGCCUCAUCAAUGGCUGUGCAGCAUUGCUUUAUUCUGAGUCUCUGCAAGCUUCUCCUGCUGUAGCACAAUAUGCGAUCUUGUCCACGCACGACCUCCCCUGCAUUCGGUACAAUGCAUCUGAUGACGUGCUUUGGUGCAACAUAUCGUGGACUUGUUAUUGGGCCAAGGACGUGUGGAUCAUACCAAUUCAUAGACCCUCAAUCAUUGGUCAUUGGGUGCUAUGUAUUGUGCACCUCCAGAGCAAGGAACUUCACCUAUUCGAUAGCUUUGCCGAGCAAUGA